AAGAAGCAGCACAAACCCACCCGGCUUCAUGCGGCUGUUCACUCAGCACAAAGUAAUCUCAGCGACAAAACCCCCUGGAGAGAAGGCCAAACCGGUGAAAUCAAACACAUGGUAGGAUAUGCAGUUAUUACUUACUUUCCUUCUCAGUGUUAGAUUACUCUUUAUGAGGGAAAUGCUGAGUUUCCCACAUUUUAAUAAUAUAUAGUAUGAUAGAAUCUUGCUUUCCAGACUUGAUCUAUGGGGUAUCAAAAGCUCUGCACUGGACUGGUUCAGGUCUUAUUUGUCGGAUAGGAGCUUCUCUAAUUUUAAAGAGCAAAGGCAGGAUUACUAAGGAGACUGAGUAAUCCCUAUGGACACAUGGUUUUCCAUUUGUUGGUCUUAUGUGGACCCUGUCAAUGAAAUGGAUCCGUAAAAGUUAACCCUUAUAAUGGAAACAACUGGACCACCGAGAAAGGUGAUGAUUUUAUCGUUGCUCGUUCUGGUGUUUAAUACGGUGGUCUCUCAUGAACCUUUUUUGGGAAAUCCGGGGAAUCUGAGUACUGAGGGUGAAUUUUCUGAUAUUGCGGAUGAGCGGCGCAAGCUUCCCUCCUGGUAUAAUACAUCUGUUGACGCAGAGCUGAAGCAUGGGGCAGUUAGCUCACCCUCCCAUAGCAGAUGGCAAACACAGAUGGCUUUCUCCAAAACUGUUUAUUCAUUUCAAGUAAAGGAAGACACCGUGCCAGGAACGGUUGUGGGAAAGGUGGAGGCACAGUUUGACAUUCCCACGCCUAUCACGUACUCAGUUCAAGAGGACGAUGGGGAGAGCAUGUUUCUCCUCAGCCCCGUCUCCGGAGAGUUCCUAUUAUCCCGCAGCCUGGACUUUGAAACACAAAGGUUCUACAUACUCACAGUGGAGGUGCAGCAGGGGGACUCGCAGGUAUCCAGUGUCAGAGUCUAUUUCAAUGUGCUGGAUGUCAAUGACAACCCACCUGUUGUCAGUCAGAACAACUUCUUUGCAUCGCUGCUGGAGGACACAGGUGUCAGAACUUGUUUUCUGUCACUGAACGUGUCAGACAAAGAUGAUGGUGAAAAUGGAGAAGUGGAACUGGUAGUUGUAAGCGGUGAUGAACUGGGCACGUUCUUCCUACACUCAACAGGUAGUUUAUGCCUGAACAAAGAGCUGGACAGAGAGAGUCAGGCUUCCUAUAAUUUAACUGUGACGGCGAAUGAUUGUGCCUGGCCAGUGUCUUCACAGCUCACCAGCACAGCCCGUGUCGUGGUGGUAGUGGAAGAUACUAAUGACAAUGCUCCAUCUUUCGUGUCUGCCGGACAUGUUUUUAUACCAGAAGACUCUGCGUUGCAUUCUGUUAUUAUGACUGUACAUGCCGAGGAUAAAGAUGCAGGAUCCAAUGCGGAGGUUUUGUAUUUUUUAAGCAACUCAUCUGGUGGGGCAUUCAGCAUUGACAACACAAGUGGAGAGACAUUCCUGGAGGAGCUGUUAGACAGAGAAAAGACAGACACUCUCCAUUUCACGGUGAUGGCCACUGAUAUGGGUUCACCUCAAUUGGCCACCACGAUGAAUUUCACGGUGCAUGUCGAGGACAUAAACGAUAACGACCCUGUGUUUUCACAAAGCAACUACAGUUUGUUCGUCAAAGAAGAUGUUCCAAGAGGGACGAGUCUGUUUCAGGUUAAGGCUCAGGAUCAAGAUAUUGGAUCAAAUGGAAAAGUGCGGUACAUGUUGAGCCCAGCUGGUCCUUUCGUGGUCGACACAGUUCGAGGUGUGCUGUCGGUCAUGGAUCAACUUGACAGAGAAAAAGACUCAAACUACACCUUGAUUAUAACUGCUGCCGAUCAAGGGGAUGCGCCCAGAUCUGCUACCAUUGCCAUUGACUUCACUGUGUUGGAUGUCAACGACUGUACGCCCCGGUUUUCUCCAGAAACCCUGAUCAUACAUGUCAAGGAGAAUGAAGAGGAUCCGUCUGAACUUACACAUCAGGUCUCAGCCUUGGAUGAAGACUUGGGGAUCAACAGUCAGCUUAACUAUUUUAUGCACAAAGAAAACCGUGAUGGGCUGUUCUCUGUCACUCCAAAUGGUGUCUUUAAGAUUUUACACAGCUUGGACAAGGAAAAAGAAUCAUUUUAUACUGUCAUCAUCACAGCUGUAGAUUCAGGUUUUCCACCCCUAACUGGCACUCUGACUAUACAUAUCAUUGUGGAUGAUGUCAAUGAUAAUCACCCUGAGUUUUCGGAGGAAGUCUACAACACCAUUGUGUCUGAAGACAGCCCGAUAGGCACAGUGUUUGCAAUGAUAUCUGCAUUUGAUGCUGAUGAGGGCACAAGUGGUGAAGUAAGGUAUUUCACAGAAAACCACGAUGCACCUUUUGCUAUUGAGGAAACAUCCGGAGAACUGUUUACAACUGAUUUCUUAGACAGGGAGAGUGUAGCCUUUUACACGCUGACAGUGAUUGGCACUGACAUGCAUUCUACACAGCCGCUGUCAAGCUCUGUACUUGUUACUGUCCUGGUUGGGGAUAUUAAUGACCACUGGCCUCAGUUUUUGGACAGUCCCUUUGUAGCUUAUGUCCCCAUUGAGCUUCCUCCAGGCUCCGUUGUUUGUGCAGUGAGAGCAAUCGAUGGAGACACUGACAUGAAUGCAGAACUGCAUUAUUCAUUAUAUGGACAAAACUCAGACCUGUUUUCCAUUGAUCCAAGCAGUGGCACAGUAUUCACCUCAAGUUUACUGACGACGGAUGACAUUAUCAUCAACGUAUAUGUAGAAGAUGCUGGAGAAAACCCUAAGUUCGACAUCACUACUAUCAGUGUCAGGUUUCAGAAUAUUUCUGAUUUCCCAGAGAUGAAUGUGAAUAUUCUAAGUUAUUCCCUCUUUGAGGACGAGCCAGUGGGAACAGUGGUGGCUGUUAUAUCUGCAGCAAGCAUCAGAGCUGAACCCGUCUCUUUUUAUCUGGCUUCUGGAAACUUUGAAGACAUGUUUCAUGUAGACCAAUUAGGUGGAGUGCUGACAGUUGAGAACCCACUGGAUUAUGAAAGCAAAAAAGAAUUUUCUUUGUUGAUAGAAGCCAGAGACUCUGGCUCGCCUCCGUUUUCUUCAUUUUUAGAAAUUCAGAUAAACAUCACAGAUGUAAAUGAUAAUUUUCCCCAGUUUACCCAAGCUGAAUAUAGGUGUGAGGUUUAUGAGAAUUCCCCGCCAUCUGGAGUUUGUGAUGUUCUUGCCAUUGACGCAGAUUCUCCCAAUUACAGUACGGUGUGGUACAACAUAACAGAAGGAAAUAUUGAUGAGUCUUUUACACUUGACCCUGAAAAUGGUUUAGUGAGCACGAUUGUAAGUUUAGAUAGAGAAAGCAUUCCCUUAUUUAAUUUAACAGUUGAGGCUGCAGAACCUGACAACCCUCUUCAUACAGACCAUGCAACGGUCAUAAUUUUUGUUUUGGACAGGAAUGAUAAUGCACCUCGUUUCUCUGAGGUUUAUCUCGCAGAGGUUUCAGAAAAUGCUCCUGUAGGGUACACAGUUCUGCAAAUUAGCUCAACUGAUGAUGACACAGAUGCUAAUGCGAUAAUUAAUUACUACAUACCUGAUCAAAACCAGGAUAUCCCUUUUGCUAUUGAUUCCACUACUGGCUGCAUCAUUGUUAAAAGGUCUCUGGACAGGGAGAUUCAAGAUCAUUAUGUCUUUAAAGUAAAUGCCAAUGAUUCAGCAUGGAGUGUUAGCACUGAUGUCAGUAUCUUUGUUUCAGAUUUCAAUGAUAACAGACCAGUAUUUUCUAAUGACUUGUAUUCAAUCGUCAUCCCUGAAACCAACCAUCCAGAGAUUUUUAUUUUGCAGGUCUUUGCAACAGAUAGAGACAUUGGAAAAAACAGUGAGCUUGUCUAUAUGGUUGAACCUCUAAAUGAAUUGUUUUGGGUAAAUACUUCUUCUGGGGAGGUCUUUUCAAUGCAGCCACUCCUUUUAGAUAAUUCUGCUUUUGAAAUCUACAACUUCACAGUUGUUGCCUUUGAUUGUGGCAGCACCCCUCUGAACAGCAACACUAGUGUUACAGUGAGAAUAGAACAAUUCAACCACCACCCUCCAAUGUUUUUGCCUUCACCAGCCUUUGUUGUCAUUCCAUAUGACUUGGUCUUGGGAACUGAGGUGUUUAGGUUCACUGCAACAGAUCUAGAUACCAACAGCAGUGAUUAUAUUGAGUAUAAUGUCAGUGGAGGCAAUGCAUCUGAUUUCUUCUGGAUUCAAGCUACCAGUGGACAGGUGUUCCUAAAUCAAACUUUAGAAGAAAGUGAAAAUGAGUCACUUACUUUAUUAGUUGUGGCCAAAGAUCUGGGAUAUCCUUCUUUAACUUCUCAAACUGAAAUCACUUUUGAGGUAAUAGGGAAGAAUCAGUUUUCUCCAAGGUUCAGUGAAACAGAUGUCGUGUUCUCUGUCCCCGAAGACUUGCCUUUUGGAUCAGUGGCUGGGAAAAUCCAGGCAGAAGAUGGGGAUUAUGGUCCCAAUGGUGCAAUUACAUACUGCAUUAGUCCUGAAAACAAAUAUUUUCCAGUCUCUGUUGGAGAGUUCUCUGGGCUGCUAACACUUACCAGAGAGCUUGACUAUGAAAAGGAAAGCAGUUAUAAUCUGCAAAUCAAAGCAAAAGAUGGUGGAUGGAUAUCUAAAUCUGCCUGGUUGAAUGUAACAGUGAUCGUUAUAGAUGUAAAUGACAAUCCUCCUGUCUUUUCAAUGUCCGAGUACAUUGCAACAUUGCGUGAAAAUUCUAAAGUCAGAACAAAUGUUCUAGAUGUAAACGCCACCGAUAUGGACUCAGGAAUAAAUGCACAAAUAUCCUUCUCUAUUAUUGCUGGCAGUUUGGAUAAAUUUGCAAUUGAUCCAAUAAAUGGAAGUAUCAUUACUUUGGAUGUCUUUGAUUAUGAGCAUGAAAAGACAUUUGAUUUAACAAUCAAAGCUUCAAACACUGCCAGACAUACCUUGUAUAGUUUGGCUUAUGUUAUCAUUCACAUCUUAGAUGUCAAUGAAUUUACCCCAACCUUCAUAAAAGAAAGGUUCAACUUUUCAGUAUUUAAAAAUGCUCCUGUUGGAACAUCAAUAGGAAAAGUGACGGCCACUGAUAAUGACAGUGGACCUGAAGGUGAGGUGGUUUAUCUAUUGUUUGGCCAUGGCAAAAAUUUAGUCUUUGAUAUCAGUUCGCGUUCUGGAGAGAUACACACAAGUGGCAGUUUGAGGGAUCGAGGCAACAGCAAUAUAAUUUUAAAAGUCCUGGCAAAAAACUCUGGCAUUAUUAAUGGCACAAAUGUUGCUGAGACACUGGUCAAUGUUACUGUGAUUGAGACAAACGAUGCACCCAUGUUCACCUCCACCUCUUAUGAGGUAAACGUUAAAGAAGACAGCACAAUUGGAACAUCAGUGUUAACUGUAAGUGCUUUGGACCAAGACUCUGUUCUAGAGAGGAAUCGAUUUAUCUUUAGGAUUGUAGAUGGAAACACAAACUCCUCUUUCUUCAUCGAUCCACUUAGAGGUAUUGUGUUGGUAAACUCUCCUCUUGACAGGGAACGUUGGUCAGUUUAUAAUCUCACUGUUACAGCCACUGAUAAUGGUUCUCCACCAGCCACUGGGACAACAAAUGUCAUAGUGAGUAUAGAUGAUAUUAAUGACAAUGCCCCUAAACUCUUGACAACUAAGGUUCAAGUCAAGGAGAAUCAACCAGAAGAAACCAUUGUUGCCAGAUUAAAUGCACUUGAUUUUGAUUUACCACCAAAUCAAGGUCCUUUCACCUUUUGGUUAUCAAAUUUGUCGGCUGAAAGUGCUUUUUUCCUCACUCCAGAUGGAGUUUUACUUACCACGCGCGUUGUUGAUCGAGAGAACGUCUCCGAAUAUCGAUUAUUGGUGGUGGUAAAAGAUGCAGGGUUUCCUCUGCCACUGUCUUCAACAACAACACUCCACGUUAGGGUGGAAGAUGAAAAUGAUAAUCCCCCAUCACCACGAAACAUCUUUAUUGAAGUGAAAUAUUUUGGCAGUUCUUUCAGUGGCGGCAUGAUUGGUAAUGUGCAUCCUGUGGAUCUUGAUGAGUCAGAUGUCUUCCUCUGUGCCAUUAAAAGUGGCCCGAUGAACAUGUUUACAAUACUCAAUGGUACAUGUGAGCUUUGGUCGUCCCCUUUUCAGGGUGAGGCCACAUUUAAUGUCACAGUUGAAGCUACAGAUCAGCUUCACUUUCCAGUAAAUAACAGUAUCUAUGUAAACUACAAAGGUUUUACAAAUGCAUCUGUGGACAGUUGUGUAUUAUUCUAUGUGUCCUCAUCCUCAAUGGACAACUUCUUAACUAAUCGGUAUUUGAGGUUUGUGAAAGCUCUGGACAGUCUCUUCAACCUACAGGCCUCAAAGACGCAUGUAUUUGGAAUCAAAGACAUUGGCACGGAUAUACUACUACUUGCUGCAGUGAAAAACUACAAUGGCCAAUAUCUAAGCAGAGAGGUAGCAAGUAGUAUAUCUGCUGGACAUAAGAAAUUACUGGAGUCCCAGAGCAAUGUGACAAUUUCUCACAUCGGCAGUGAUCCAUGCCUCAUGAGCCCCUGCCAGAAUGGGGCAUCGUGUAACAAAAACAUUUACAUCAGCCAGGAUGUUGCUGUCCUGGAAAGCGUGGCUGUCAUCUUUGUGUCACCGCAGAAAGAGAUUUUUAAUUGUACCUGUUCGGUCGGGUUCAGCGGUUCACUCUGUGAGGACGACAUCGACGAAUGUGAGGUAAAUCCCUGUGAAAAUAACAGCACGUGUGAAAACACCGCUGGAAGUUUCCACUGUCACUGUCAGAGUGGCUUCUCUGGCUCUGUCUGCUCGGCUGAUGUGGAUGAGUGCCUUAAUGUGAAGUGUCAAAAUGGGGGGAGAUGUAUUCAGUCACAGGAUGGAUAUUACUGCCGGUGUAUGCCUGGAUUUGAAGGUAGAAUUGAUUACGUAAAACAAGUUUAAACAUGAUUGACUAUAUUAAUAUUAACCUGAAUCCCUGAAAAAACGU